GUUCUUAAACUUCAGGUGAUACUCGGCAACUCCACAGGCCACAGCUAAGCUGGUGCUCUUUGAUUUAUAGUAAGAUCGCGCGAUCAAAUUACAGUUUCAACGCUUUAUUCCUCACUGCCAGCAGCACUGUGAAGACUGUUGAGGAUAAGGAAAUGGCGAAUCCUAGAAACAAAUUGUCUCCUUACCUUCUUAUCUGGGUCUUGAUUUUAUCCGGAACCCUAAUUUUCAUUCUGAACCGGUUGGGUGAUACCGGAGUCGCAUCGGAUAAAGACAUUAAAAUCGAGCAGAAUGAUGAGGCGAAACCAUCAGAGGAUUUGGAGCACGUGACGCAUAAAGUGUACUUUGAUGUCGAAAUUAAUGGAAAGCCUACAGGUCGUAUUGUCAUGGGCCUCUUUGGGAAAAUUGUCCCGAAGACAGCAGAAAACUUCAGAGCUCUUUGCACGGGGGAAAAAGGAACUGGGAAGGCUGGCAAGCCUCUCCAUUACAAAGGUAGCACUUUCCACAGGAUCAUACCGAGCUUCAUGAUCCAGGGAGGCGAUUUCACUCGUGGUGAUGGGCGAGGUGGAGAAUCUAUAUAUGGUGAAAGCUUUGCAGAUGAAAACUUUGAUCUAAAACACACUGAACCUGGUAUUCUGUCAAUGGCAAAUGCUGGACCGGACACCAAUGGGUCUCAAUUCUUUAUCACAACUGUAACCACUGGCUGGUUGGAUGGGCAUCAUGUUGUCUUUGGCAAGGUGCUGUCUGGGAUGGAUGUUGUCUACAAAAUUGAAGCAGAAGGGAGAGGAAGUGGAACACCGAAAAGCAAAGUCAUAAUAUCAAAUAGCGGUGAACUACCUUAAUGAUCCAACUUUCCAUGUAUCAAAACACCUCAGAUGUUUGAUAAUGCUUGCCCUCGAGCAAAGUCAGUUUCAUAUGCUGUCAAGAAAUCUGUUAUGGGACUAUUGCGGCUUGUAAAGUUAAACCAACCCUCUUGAAAGAGGAUCACGACUGCUGCUUAGAAUAGACAGGGCUCGUUUUAUUAAAAUAUUUAUAAAACCUUUGCUUCUAUAUGUAUUUCAUAAAAGAUUUUGAAUGAAUUCUUGGUAAUAUAUACCAGAGGUAUAUUGAAAGUUC